GUACACAUUACAACCUAACACAGAGAUGGGGAGGUACACAUUACAACCUAACACAGAGAUGGGGAGGUACACAUUACAACCUAACACAGAGAUGGGGAGGUACACAUUACAACCUAACACAGAGAUAGGGAGGUACACAUUACAACCUAACACAGAGAUGGGGAGGUACACAUUACAACCUAACACAGAGAUAGGGAGGUACACAUUACAACCUAACACAGAGAUAGGGAGGUACACACAUUACAACCUAACACAGAGAUAGGGAGGUACACAUUACAACCUAACACAGAGAUAGGGAGGUACACAUUACAACCUAACACAGAGUGUAGUGGCUUCCUUUCGUCUUUACCAUAGCCACUGCCCAAGCCUGAAGCGGGGUUGUUUGGUACGCAUACAGUCCACACUCAAGGUUUCCCAAACGGCCAAACAUUCGAUGACAUCCAGGGAUAUGGUGCAACAAAAAUGUUUAUUCUUCUUAUAUCUAACAAAUAAAUUAUUCUCCAAUCAACUUAAAGCAGAGAAUACUUGAUAUGGAAAAUACAUAUUAUAACCUGUCUGUAUGGUCAAAAAACUAUACCGCUCCCGCAUCUAGCAAGGACUCCCCCUCCCGAAGGCCCAACUUCCUGCCUUUAUCCUAACACACUUACCACAAUACAAUGAAUGGGCAAGAGGGGGGGACAAAAACUGAGUUACACUAACAACACUAACAAAUGAAUAUAUCUCAAUCAGGUAAAUAUAAAUCAUAAAGGUACGUACCUAAUAUUUCAUCAUUUACAUUAAUAUUUAAUAUAUUUACACAAAUGUACAUGGAGCUCCAUAUGUUCAGUCUUUUACACAAAUAUGUCCAAAUCGGCUCUAACACAGAGAUAGAUGUAGCUGUAGUGAAUGAGUUGUAUGGGUUGCUAAGGGACCCAGACCCGGUCGUCAUGGUGAACUGUCUCCGGGCACUGGAGGAGAUUCUACAGGAAGAAGGGGGCGUGGCUAUCAACAAACCCAUUGCUCACCACCUCCUCAACAGACUGAAGCUAUGUGACGUGUGGGGCCAGUCUGAGGUGCUAGCGGUGCUCCAGCGGUAUCGGCCUCGCAGCGAAGACGAGCUGUUCGACAUACUAUCUCUGUUAGACCCCGCCCUUCUCUCACACCACGCCCCCGUCAUGGCCGCCACGCUCCGCCUCUUCCUGUCCCUGUGUUCCACGCUGCCUGCCGUGUGUAUGUCGGCCCUUGAGAGAGCACGGGGCCCCCUCCUGGCUGCCGCCGGCAGCACCUCCCGGGAACUACGCUAUGCAGCGCUAUGUCACAUCCAGCUGCUGCUCCGUUCUGAGCCUGGUCUGAUGGGGGAACACUACAAGCGCUUCUUCUGCGGCUAUGCUGAACCACCUUACAUCAAACAGAACAAGAUGCAGGUGCUGGUUGAGUUGGUGAAUGACGACAACGUGGCGAUGGUUCUGGACGAGCUGAGAGGAUACUGUACUGACGUCAACACUGAGACCUCACAGACUGCUAUCAACGCUAUAGGUAGUAUAGGGAGGAGCUACACUGACAGGUGUCUGGCCAUCCUCACGGGACUACUGGGACUGAAGCAAGAACACAUCACCUCUGCCGUGCUCCAGACUCUGAGGGACUUAGUGUGGGUGUGUCCUCAGUGUGGAGAUGCAGUGUGUUCAGCUCUGGAAGGAUGGGAGGACAAUCUACAGGACAGUCAGGGUCGUGGGGCCUUGCUGUGGCUGCUGGGUGUCUACGGGGACAGGGUGACUGGCGCCCCCUAUCUGCUGGAGGACUGUAUAGACGGGGUGAGGGGUGAGGUGUCAGCGGAGGUCAAGACAGAGCUGCUCACUGCAACACUACGGCUGUUCCUGUCCAGACCUGCUGAGACUCAGGACAUGAUGGGACGACUGCUGGUCUACUGUAUAGAGGAGGAAGUGGACAUGUGUGUGCGUGACCAGGCCCUGCUGUACUACCGGCUGUUGCAUUGUGGGAUUGAGGAGGUCCGUCAGGUCCUCCAGGGUGGACGACGGUCAGACCCCUCUCUGGGGCCUCUGAUUGGACGGCCCCCUGAGCCCAUCAGCCAAUGGGCAUCCAGCUUCAAUACCUUGGAGCCUCUAACCCUCGGAGCCUCUACUGUGGGGAACUCUGACCCCGCGACCCCCAAGCCCUCCACACUGACCCCCAACACCCUGACCUCUAACGCUGAAGCCAUGACCCCUACACCAGGAGACCCCCACCUUCCAGACUGCAGUAGUGGAGCUCUGAGUCUGUCUGUGUCUCCAGCUCUGACCCCUGAGGAGUUUGAACGCCUGUGGCUGCAGCUGGAGAAGGGGGCGUGUCUGGAGGUGUGUGUGGCGUGUCCUGUUCCCCACUGUUCCCCGGAGGGCCUGCAGGUGGCGCUACAGCUGGUCAACAUCCAGACGCUGGCUUUCACCCCCCCAAACACACACCCCUGGAGGGUGUACCUCUACACACACACCUCACACAUCUCUACAAAGACACCACACACACUCAUACUGGCAGAACUACUACACACUGGAGGAGAGGGUGAGAAAGAGGAGGAGGGAGAGGAAGAGGGAGAGGGAGAGAAAGAGGGGGAGAAGGAGGGGGAGGGAGAGGAAGAGGGGGAGAAGGAGGGAGAGGAAGAGGGGGAGGGGGAGAAGGAGGGAGAGGAAGAGGGGGAUAAGGAGGGAGAGGAAGAGGGGGAUGGAGAGAGAGAGAAGGAAAAGGGCUUGCUAGUGGUAAUGAGACAGCAUCCAGGAGACCAGACAGCUCUGAGAGGAUUCCUGUCUGUUCUCACUACUGUCCUAAACACACUGUCCACACACACAGCCUGAACACACACACACACACACACAGCCUGAACACACACACACACACACACACACACACACACACACACACACACACACACACACACACACACACACACACACACACACACACACACACACUCACACAGCCUGAACACAUACACCUAAGAGGCAGCAUUGAUGUGUUUCCUGUAAAAACAAUAAAGGAUGGAAUAUGCUCUU